UUUCAUCAGUUCCCCAUGCAGCAGGAUCAAAAGUGAAUGUUGUCUUGUUGCUGCAUGGAGUCAAUUGGCCAAUCUGUACGCCCAAGGAAAAAAAAAAGUGGAUCAAAGCUCUGUGAGGAAGCACCAAGUGUUCUAGACUUACUAAGACAUUAAUUGUCCCCCCUGCAUGUGAGCUUUAUGUGAGUGCUUUCCAAUAACGGGGCUGAGGGGUUAGUUGGGUGCUAGCUAUGCAGCUGGAGCAUUGCAUCUCUCCCUCUAUCAUGCUCUCCAAGAAAUUCCUCAGUGUGAGCAGCAGCUACCCCCAUCCAGGCGCAUCUGAGCUGGCUUUGCAUGAACAUCCCAUUAUCUCCACUGCUGACAGCCUAGAGAGAAGUUCACCUUUGAAAAAAACUACCAGGGGGAUGACGAAUCAGUCAGAUCCAGACAGGUUCCCUGACUCCAAGGACGCACCAGGGGACGGCCAGAGGGGUAAGCUGUCUCCUGCCUUGGAUGGGGUCUCUGAGAUUCGUCAUAAUUUCGAUGGCUCUGCAGCAGAUCGCUAUCUCCUCCCUCCUCAGCCCAGUCAGUCCCAGUCUGCAGCUCCUGCAACUACUAUGUUCCCCUACCCAAGCCAGCAUGGACCUGCUCACCCAGCAUUUUCCAUCGGGAGCCCCAGCCGGUACAUGGCUCACCACCCAGUCAUCACCAAUGGAGCUUACAACAGCCUCCUGGGCAACUCAUCCCCACAAGGAUACCCUGGCACCGGAUACCCAUACACCCAGCAGUACGGGCACUCCUACCAAGGGGCACCCUACUUCCAGUUCUCCACCGCGCAGCCUGGGCUAGUCCCGGGCAAGGCUCAGGUCUACUUGUGUAACAGGCCACUCUGGCUGAAGUUUCACAGGCACCAGACUGAGAUGAUCAUCACCAAGCAAGGCAGACGUAUGUUUCCAUUCCUAAGUUUUAAUAUCUCUGGUCUGGAUCCCACGGCACAUUACAAUAUUUUUGUAGAUGUGAUUCUUGCUGAUCCCAAUCAUUGGAGAUUUCAAGGGGGCAAAUGGGUUCCUUGUGGCAAAGCGGACACCAAUGUACAAGGUAAUAGGGUGUAUAUGCACCCGGAUUCCCCUAACACUGGAGCACACUGGAUGCGCCAGGAAAUCUCAUUUGGGAAGAUGAAACUUACUAACAAUAAGGGAGCUUCCAACAACAACGGCCAGAUGGUCGUCUUGCAGUCCUUACACAAGUACCAGCCGCGGCUGCAUGUGGUAGAAGUAAAUGAGGAUGGCACAGAGGACACAAGUCAGCCUGGCAGAGUGCAGACGUUCACCUUCCCAGAGACUCAGUUCAUUGCUGUCACUGCCUACCAGAAUACUGAUAUUACUCAACUCAAGAUUGACCAUAACCCUUUUGCCAAAGGAUUCAGAGACAAUUAUGAUACGAUCUACACUGGCUGUGAUCUGGACCGCCUCACCCCUUCACCCAAUGACUCUCCUAGAUCACAAAUCGUGCCAGGUGCCCGGUACUCCAUGGCCAGCUCAUUUCUGCAAGACCAGUUUGUCAGUAAUUACGCAAAGUCUCGAUUCCAUCCCCCGGGAUCAGUGCCAGGGCCAGGAUCGGACCGCAGCGUACCCCAUACCAAUGGCCUCCUUUCUCCACAGCAUGGUGAGGAUCCUGGGGCUCCUUCUCCGCAACGCUGGUUUGUAACCCCGGCUAACAACCGAUUGGACUUUUCAGCUGCUUCUGCCUAUGACACUGCCACGGACUUUGCCGGCAAUGCGGCCACGCUAUUGUCUUACGCGGCUGCGGGAGUAAAGGCUCUUCCCUUACCAACUGCAGGUUGCGGAGCGCGCUCACUUGGUUACUACAGUGACCCUACUGGAUGGGGAGCGCGGAGCCCGCCGCAAUAUUGCACCAAGACCGGAUCUGUCUUGUCUUGCUGGGCACCAGGUGGCAGGGUAGGAGCUACAAAUCCCUAUCUGGCUGGGGCCGAAGAAUCCGAAAGUUUAACUGCGGACAGGUCCCCUCUGGGCGAGGAUACUAAACCCAAAGACCUAUCUGACUCCAGUUGGAUCGAAACGCCUCCCUCAAUCAAGUCUAUGGAUUCCUCAGAUUCUGGGAUUUAUGAACAGGCCAAGAGAAGACGACUUUCCCCCUCGGACCCAGCAGUGUCUGGUAGUUCCUCGCCACUUAAAAGUGAAGUUCUGCCCUCUAGAGACUGUGAGAAGAACUGUGCCAAAGACCUUGGCUAUUAUGGCUUCUACACACACACUUAAACUCUUCAUUGUCUCCUUUUAGUCCGUCAGCCAAGAUCUACUACUUUUAAGAACACCCAAUGACCAAGUUCUUUGAAGUGGUCUUUGGACCUGCAGCUACUUUACCUACAUUCUCUGUAGAACAAAAGAGAAAAGGUUCCGCGCUCACAGCAGGAGGCAUACAAGGUACGUUUGACCAACGGCCAUUUACUAUAUGCCCGUCAAGAUGAGAGAACUCUAAAAUUGUUUGAGUCACAUUACAGACACCUUCGCUUCAACAUUGCAUCCCACUACUUCCUUUCUUGGUCCUCCGUACUGAAGCACGCACCACAAGUCUCGCCCUUGCUUCAGCACCAUGGACAGUGGUGGAUUCAGCACAAUGUAGAGCGACUCUUCGGCAUCCCAAGUUGGAUGAACAGAACCUAGUAGUUUCAUCAGCUGCCUGGGCAUGGCGUUUUUCAUUUGUAGCAGUCUUUUUGGGAGAUUGUCGGCACCGCACUCAUACAGCGCUUCCUCCCAUGGCAAUUAUCAUUCAUGGUAGGGAUGUUGAGAGAAAAAAACAAAAACUAAAAAUCUUGCAAUGAUCCUCUGAAAUGACUCUACAUUUUUGUAAAGUUUGUAAAGUCACCAGCACUAUUUACAUUGUCCCAUUUUUAUUUAUUUAUUUAUUUAUUUAUUUAUUUAUUAUUACCGUCUUUUUCAGCAAUCCCGGUGGAUAAAAACACUUUUAAAAGAAUAACAUGUUUACACAGCUAAGAUCACUUAAGUAUUUUAUGUCCACUGAUGUCCAUAGGACUUGCACAAUAGUCGUGUCAUAUCGAUCUCUGUCUUUUUAAGGGCAAUACAUUUUCAUGGUACAAUAUUAUUCUAAAAGUUUAUUUUCAAUUUUAUUAUUAUUGUGCCAAAUACAAAAGUUUGCCAAACACAAAACCUUAUAAUCAUCAAAAUAUUGUCCAUUUUAGGUAUGUGUUUUAUUUCUUUUUGCUAGUUUAUUUAAUUCUGUUUUUAAUAUUUUAUUGUAAAAACACUUUAAUAUAAUAACGUAUGCUUUUAAGUUUCUUAGUUGCUGGUGACAUAGUGUAGUGGAAAUAAAAUGUGAAUUGUAUAUUUAAUGCAUUUUUAGGAUAAAUAUGUCUUUUUUUCAAUUGAAUAGGUGUCCUAUAAAAAUCUAGUUGUAUUUAUUUUUUGACUUUUCUUGUUAAGGUAACCUACGCAAUUAUGUACUGUGUAGAAAAUAGACUUUUUGUUUAUUUUAUACAGUUAUAAAUUGUUAUAUCCCAAAUAUAUAAACACCAUAAAGAGAAAAUUAAAUUUUCUCCAUGUCUACAUAACGGACUCAUUUUUCUCCAUUACAGAGUUUUGUAAGUAUUUGCUUUUAUUUUAUUUUAUUUAUUUUGUCUGUGAGAUCGAUACGUUAAAAGACAAUGUUCUCCUUAGAUGUGUUUAGCUUGUUUGUGUUGUCUGUAUUGCGACUACUAAAAUAAAUUCAGACAAAAACUUUAAA